UCGGUCACGAUGAAAAUCGGCACUGGCAGCAGUGGUCACGGCAAUGGGCCGAUCAUCAGAGUGGUCGAGCCAACGUCGCGCACCAACAGCGGAGGUUUCGAGUGCUGCUUCGUGCGCUGCUGCACGUGCAUUCACCUGCAGUUCCUACGCACGUGGCCCGGCAUCCUCAAAGUUCUCGAGACCGUAAUCAGCGGCCUGAUCCAAAGCCUGCUCAUCAAUUACGGACUGCGCUACAGCGCGACCAUCGGCACGGCGUUCGAGGGCGCGCUCACCACCUCGUCGGCCUGCUUCCUCACCUCCUCCGUGCUGCUCGUCUGCUACAUCGUCUCGGAGAAGUCCUACAGGCUCGUGCGUGGCUCGCUGUUCGAAAUGCUGUUCAACGGGCUCAGCUGCUUCAUGUACCUGAGCUCGACCACCUACCUGGCUUUCGCCACCAAAAUCUUCCUGUGGCCGAUGUACGUCAUCACACCCGGCUUCGACGUCUAUCCUGCCAUGACGGCCGCCUACCUCAUGAGCGGCGUCGUUGGACUCGUGCACGGGGCGGACGCAUACUUCUCCUUCAGGCAGCUCGCCGCGCAGAGAUAGCGCUUUCCAGGCCGCUUUGUGCGCCUCAGCGACGCGCCUCCGAGAAACCUUUGAGUCAGCGACGAGGCAUUCGCGUGAGACAGAGAGAGAGAGAGAGAGAGAGAGAGAGAGAGAGAGAGAGAGAGAGAGAGAGAGAGAGAGAGAGAGAGAGAGAGAAAGAGAGAGCGGCCUCUCGCCGUCGACGGAUGGACUUUCGCGGCGGCGCGCUCGUCCGAUUCGCCCUCUCGGAUGCGCCAGCCGCGCCAGCCGCGCCACGACCUUCCUAGGCCGUGCGCCCCGACAGUUCCGAAAAUUCUCGCGCGCCACGUCCAACUGUGCUGCUGUUAAUUUCAUUUGCACAAUAAAGAAACACGCAAUUGUUCGUACGACUUUCAUUCCAGCCAAAUCCCUUCCUCUCCGAUAAAGCCACGCCGCUUUUCCACGCGACACGGUGAUAAACGCGCGCGUAGACGCCCCUCUAGCGCCGGACACGUGCGCGAUGCUCCGCGCGACACGUCCGCGUGGCGUCGACGCAAGCGAGCUGGGUAAAACCCGUCCUCGACCGCGCGGCACGUCGAUCGGCCAAAAGGUCGGCGCAUCCCGAGGGCGUCGCGC